AUGAUCUUCUGUUAUGUGGACCACUUAGGAGCAUGCCAGAACUCGCUAGAUGGGAUCUCCAGAGUAAUGCUCGUGUGCUUGCCCUGCGGAACUGAGCUCAAUGACAGGGGACAACGUAGCAGAGGGGAAAUUGGACCACCCAUUGAUCUCCUCAGGUUUUCUUCCAUUAGAUUGUCCAUCAUGAAAUUCACUCUGUUUCUGGGCUUUGUGAUGGUAUGUAUUCUGGCUGUAACCUCAGGCCACACGUUUGAUUCCAGACUGGAUGAAGACUGGAAAAACUGGAAAUCACAACAUGAAAAGCAGUACACCGAGGAUGAAGAGAACUACAAGAGAAUGGUAUGGGAGGACAACAUGAGAUACAUUGAACAACAUAACCUGGAGUACCCAAUGGGGAAACACACAUUCACUGUGGGAAUGAAUGAGUAUGGAGAUCUGACCACUGAAGAGUUUAAUGAAAUCAUGAAUGGAUUCUUCCAAGCUGAAGCUGAUAACUCAACUGAAGAAGAUGUUGAUGAAGGAGAUGAUUUUAAUGAAGAUGUUGACGAUCUUGAAUCUAAUGAAAUUGAAGAAGGCGAUGAUGAUCUGAAACUCAGAGCUGUCGACUGGCGUAAAAGGGGUUUGGUUACUCAAAUGAAAAGCCAGGUAACAAUCAGCAGGAAUUCUUCCGUUAUUAAUUACUUGUGA